UAUAAAACCCGUAAUACAGAAGCUAAUGUUUUGUUUGGUCAGACAUGGACAUAGUGGGUGGUACCUUCCGUAAGGCAAAUUGGUGGGGACAUGUGACCCUAGUUCGACCAAUCAGGCGCGCCGCUCGGUUUAACUAUGUUAAAUGUCAGAUUACUAUAAACUAGAAGCUCUUGGCCGGGCCCGCCGAAAUGGGCGAGCAUAAUCUUCUUAAUCCCGGGUUUGUGGGACCGUUGGUAAACAUCCACACGGGAGACACAUUUUACCUCCCCAAUUUUAGAGCGUCCGGGGGACAACUGGCGGGUCUACCCUCUCUCUCCUACCCAAGAAGGGACAAUGUAUGCUCCCUUCCUUGGAACGCGUCGGAGCCGUGCAAUGGAUAUCCUCAACCCUACUUUAGCAGUGCCAUGUCCAUUAACCCCUCUUUCAACCGUGCAUGCGAAAUCACCAGGCAAGAUGAAGGCAAAUGUUUUUACAGCAACGGCGGCAACAGGGAACCUUGCGCUGAAAGCGCAAACCUCAAACGUGAAGAGAGGGCAAGAGGAGACUCUUCCUCCAUAACGACGGAGCAUGGACUGCACAACGGGAUUGGCAACAACGGUACAUAUUCCAAGUACGACUAUGGCGUGGAGCAGUUGACCCAAGAUCCGCCAUCCUGUCAAUCCCUAGAAUCUGACUCCAGUUCAUCGCUGCUCAAUGAAGGGAGCAAAGCCUCUACAGGCAUCGCUCAGGCGUUGACAUCCCCUGGCAAUCACGCACCAAGCACAGCAGCGGGCGGAGGCGCCCCGUGGUACCCAAUGCACACCCGAACCCGAAAGAAACGUAAACCCUACUCCAAACUCCAGCUGGCGGAGCUGGAAGGCGAGUUCAUGCUCAAUGAGUUCAUCACCAGACAGCGGCGAAGGGAGCUCUCUGACCGCCUGAACCUCAGCGACCAACAGGUUAAGAUAUGGUUCCAGAACCGGCGGAUGAAGAAGAAGAGAUUGAUGCUUAGGGAGCAGGCCUUGUCCUUCUUCUAAGAGGGAGAGAUAUAUUUUAAAGAGGAAUAUAGGCAGGCUGUAUUCUCAAU